AUGCGGGGAGUGCAGAUUUUCUCUGGGACAUCCCACCCCCUCUUGACCGAAACCGUCUGCCAACGGUUAGGUACUCUGCCUGCGAAGGCAAACCUGGGGAAGUUCAGCAAUGGGGAAACCAGUGUAAAUAUUGGGGUCUCCGUGCGAAACCAGGAUGUCUACGUUAUCCAGAGCGGCAGUAAAAAGAUCAACGACAGCGUCAUGGAGUUGCUGAUCAUGAUUUCGGCUUGCAAGGGUGGAUCUGCAAAAUCUAUUACAGCGGUCAUGCCGUACUUCCCAUACUCCCGCCAAUCCAAAAAGAAGAGCCAUCGUGGAGCCAUUACGGCCCGUAUGCUGGCAAAUCUCCUGACAGUUGCCGGGGUGGACCAUGUGAUUACUUUAGAUUUACAUGUCAUUGAGCAGGCAUCCCAAAUGCAGGGCUUCUUCGGUAAACCGGUUGACAACCUCUUUGCCGAACCCUUCAUCGCACGCUGGAUUCGUAUGAAUGUCCCAGGAUGGCGUGAAGCCGUCGUGGUCAGCAAAAAUGCUGGAGGAACCAAACGUGUUACUUCAUUGGCGGACACAUUGAAGCUCAACUUUGGUAUUGUCACAACCGACAGGAGGCGUCCAAAACUAGGUGCCACCUUGGCAGACAGUACUGUGUUCUUUGACUCUCUCGACCAAGAUGUUACACCGCUGCCUAAAGACCAAGAUCCCUUCGUUGUCCACACGCAUAGUACCAGGGGGGAUGACUUUCAAGCUGGAGAAUUGCAAAGCGAGUCAACUGAGCAAAGGGAACUGUUUGCACCGCCCCCUUACUUGCUUCCUGAAAUGUCUGGUGCCCGACGACCUUCUGAGUUGGAGGCCGCACAUGAGUAUACCGAUGUUCGGGUACGAGAAGUCAUUACCGGGCGCCUUGUACAGGGCCACCUUGUUGAUGACGAUUAUCCCCCCUCUGGUCCCACCUCCUUCCCUGCCUCUAGGAAUGUAACCCCAGGGCCCUUCCUCAACCGGGAUAGCAGCGAUGCUGCACCAGAUCCAAUGAGCGAGUCUAUCUUCUCGAACACAUCGUCCCUUGCUGGAGACCAUGCCCUUGGUGGCUCCUUUGAUGCUGCCGAAUCUUCCGACGAAGAAGAAGGAAGCACCGGGCGAUGCGCCGAGCAAGAAAAGACCAUCACACUUGUCGGAGACGUCCGGGACAGGACCGUCUUCAUUGUUGAUGAUAUGAUUGACAAGUGUGGAUCGUGGAUCGCUGCUGCCGAAACUGUAGUAAAGAGGGGCGGUGCAAAGAAAGUCUAUUGCAUUGCUACUCAUGGGCUCUUUGGGGAUGAAUCCCUCGAGCAAAUGGAGGCAUGCGAGUCCAUCGACUAUAUCGUUGUAACUAAUACUUUCCCAAUUUCCCCGCUAGUGAUGAAGAAGUCCAAGAAGCUGGUGGUGAUCGACAUCUCGACCCUCUUAGCAGAGAGCAUCAGGCGCCACCACUAUGGUGAAAGUGUAUCAGCACUUUUCCAUCUUAAUGACUGA